AUGAACGGAAGAGAUCGUGAUCGUCGUGACGUCCGCCGUCCAACCUUCCGUGAUCACCGUACUCCACAAUUCGGAAAUGAUGGACGUCGUCUGGUGAAUCCUGCUCACUACCCACAACGUCCAGUGUCUCCACGUCGUCCACCAGCGAACUCCUCUCCAAACAGACGUCGUUUCGACAACAAUCAACGCAACAGAUCGCCUGAACAUCGUCAUGGCGGCUUUAACGAUCAUAAUCGACCGCAGGAGCACAACGACAGGAGAGGAGAAGCAGUGGUUGGUAGAAAGCAAACACAAAAUAUUCCUCUAGACCGCUCUCGCUCGAACAACAACGUCGCCGCCAGAAUCCAAGCACCAUUCGUCCCACAUUCAUCACCAGGACGUCAUCAUCAACAGCAGAGGGAUGCGGACUGGAAGAGACCACAAAUGAAGCGUCCAGCAGUCGACACUCGUCCAAUGUCCUAUGCUACCGGAGUGGCGUCUGCCACGUCUUCUUCCUCUUCACGUCCACGUCACAACUCUAGAGAUCGUCACAGAGAUGCUCCACGUCGUCAGGAAGAUGAUAAGGAGAAGAGACAAAGAGACGAAAAUGACAAGAAGAAGGAUGAGAGAUCCAGAAAAGUUGACACUGAAAAGAAGGAUGAGAAAUCGUCCAGAAGACACGAGGAGCCCAAGAAGGAAGAGAAGUCCACUAGCAGCAGCAGCAGCAGAAGACGUGAUGGUGAGAGAAAGCGUGACGAUGAUAAGAAGGAUAGAAAGUCGGUUGAAAAGAAGGAAAAAGUAGUAAAAGAGGAUGAGAAGAUGGUAGUUGAUGAGACCAGAGAAGAAGACGAAGCUGUCGCUGUGCAGGGUUUGGAAGAAGUUGAUUCUUGCGAAGGCGAUGAAAGCAAUGAGCAAGUUCAAAAUAAUGCGGAACCAGUUGCUGCUGCUUCUCCGGCAAGAUCCAAUCACAGUGCACCUGCAUCCAACGCCUCGGUACAAUCCGACGAGGAGGAGCUCGAUUAUGAAGAGGACGACAUUGAUCUGGAACUUGGAGAUGAUAUCGAUGUGGAGACUAUGAAAUUGGCGGCCAGAGGCUCCUCACCAUCUAAAACUCAAUCACGUCGUCGUGAGGAUAAGAAGGAUGCUCCAUCGUCGUCAUCGGAUCGUGAAAAGGAUCGUCGUCGCAGCCGAUCGCCAGCAGCUCGUCCACGGGAUUCGGAUCGAAAGGACUCAUCGUCGAAAAGGAGCGAACGAUCGGAGAGCAACAGAACAGGAGGAGCAGGUACAGAUAUUAAGCGAAUACCAUCGCUACUCACGAUGCGGAUAGCCGCGCCACCUGGGACUAAGAAAAUGGAGAAUUUUUAUCAUAGUAGUACGAGUACCUCAUCAUUCUUAUCUUCUUCCUCUGAAGGCCUAGGAGAGCCGACGUUUUCUAGCAGAUGGUGUCAGUGCUCUUGUGCACAUCACAUGCCUUCGACCUCGUCAGCUGGAUCCCUAGAUGCGUCCCCUUCCUCCUCGUCUUCUUCAUCGAAUUCAGAUGCAUUGGUCUCCCGAAUUCCGUCAUUGAUGUCAUUGCGGACCCCGUUUAAUAACAGCUGCCUCUUUUUAGCACCGCCACAACCGACACCACCGAGAAGAAGUAACGAUCCUGCCGCUCGGAUCAGAGCCCCAUCACCAUUGCGUAGAUCGUUUGGAGGAGGACCACAACGAAUGGAGGAUCAUCGUGGAGGACGUGGAGAUCAGAUGCAACGUCGCAGAUCGCCGGAUCGAAUUAGACGUGAUGACAGAAGACCAAACGAUUUUGGAGAUCGUAAACGAGUGGAAAGAGGAUCGUUUGACACUGGAAGGAAUCGUUCUCCACUUCGUCGUCGUCCAUCAUCACCGCCACGGGGCAGACCAGGAGAGAAAGUCGUUGCAUCUUACCGCAAUGGAGUCUAA